AUGGGGGCUCAGUUUCCACGGACAGAUGGUUCUCUUGCAGGGCUGUGCGCUGGCCAAGGAAGCAGGGGGACUGACGAGCCCCUUCCCAAGCCCACCCUCAGGGCCUGGCCCAGCUGGGUGGUGCCUCCCAGAAGCAGUGUAAGGCUGCGAUGUCAAACCCCGACCAAGAAUGUCAACUUUGCUCUCAGGAAGGGAAAUAUUCUUUUGGAUUUUUCACGAUCACUGACUUCCAAGAAGGGCCUGGCUGAAUUUCACUUCACUGGCCUAAGAAGCAGCCAUGCUGGAGACUACACCUGUGAGUGCUACAGACCAGGGGCCCCGGACAUAAGAUCACCGCCCAGUGAGGUCAUCCUGCUGCUGGUGACAGGAGGUCUCCCUAAACCUUCCCUGCAAGCCCACCAAAGGGGUGUGGUGACCGCAGGAGACGACGUGACCCUGCAGUGCCAGAGGCCAGACAAUAUUUUCGGGCCCAUGAGGUUCGCCCUGCUGAAGGCGGGAGUGGCAGAGCCCAUCUGGCUCCGGACCCCAGCCGGCAAGGAGGCGGACUUCUCCCUGCAGACUGUGACAGUCGGUGACGCCGGGAACUACAGCUGUGUCUACUUCCAGACCGGGACUCCUUUCUGGGCCUCACAGCCUAGCGAUCGUCUUGAGAUCCGGGUGAGAGUCCCCCCAGGUGCCAUAUCCAGGAACUACACCAUGGGCAACCUCAUCCGCCUGGGUCUGGCUGCCCUAGUUGUGGUUAUUAUGGGCGCUCUCCUGCUGGAAGCCUGGUGCAGCCAGAAGGAGUCUCCACGUGGAUCCACGUAGAACAACUGAGCACUUGUCUUGUUCACGGGCUGGUAUAGUGACACGGGGUUCUCUGAACACCAAACUCCACCAUGGGGACAUGCUGUUUCUCAUCAUGGGCCCAAAUGAUACUUUGGGUGGGAUAUUUCUUCAGCAUGUGGGACUGUCCUGUUCCUUGUGGGAACAUUCAGCACCAUUUCUUUUUCUCAUUAAAGAGCAGCUGAAGCCCCAGUCGUUGUGGGACAAGAUAAUGAGUGCUAUCAGGACCUUUCCCAACAUUCCUAGAUACGGAGGAUGGGUGGUGGGGUGGUGUUCCCUCGGUGGAGAACCUGUGUUAGGAGGCCAGGAGAAAUAUUUCCUCUUUUCCUUACUCCCUGUCCUCAGGUCUGUCCUUGCAUGCAUUGGCUCCACAGUUACCAUGGGGAAUGAAGAGUCCUUGAUCAAGUUACCAGCUUGUGUGAGAUUAUACUGGUUCUCUUCCCUCCUGGGACAGAAGGCACACCAUGGGGGGAGGUCUGGGAAGUUUGCAGAUGAGAUGAGAUCUCACUCAUCUCCUGACAAUAUCAAAGACACAAAGUGGCCCCUAUGUCUCCUAAGAGUGACACCUGGGAUAAAGUGACCAGGAACUGUCCCCAAUAUUAAAGGCUUCUUGGUGCUUAGGAUGAGAUAAAUUUAGAAUCAUUUGGUUGUAAUUUUUUUGCAUGUCAAAAUCAAAAUUAAUAAAAUGUAUGGCACCAGCUGUCUUUCACUAGUACUAGGAUAUGGAA